AUGACUGAUCAAGGUUUAAAUAUAGACGAUGGCCCCUCUGUCCGUGCUGGUCUUGGACACUCUCAUCUCGGGCUUGGAUCAUCUGGGAAAUACUCAUCAUCCCAUUCUAGAUCCUUGGAGGUCAACGUUGUUCGUUCGCAAAUUACAGUCACCGAUUACCCAAUGGAUGUCAUAUCUCAAGGCAAGGGCACAACCUGUACAUGCGUGAUGUUCUGUUUAUGGGUAGCAGGUAAUGUUGCAGGGACGGUAGCAGUCAAUAUUGCAAUACAAGUCGCUACGAUGACUCCUCUCCUCAUUGUCGUCCGCGCCGGUCUUGGACGCUCUCAUUUCGGGCUUGGAUCAUCUGGGAAAUACUCAUCAUCCCACUCUAGAUCCUUGGAGGUCAACGUUGUUCGUUCACAAAUUACAGUCAGCGAUUGCCCAAUGGAUGUCAUAUCUGAGGCAAAGGGUGCGGGAGCGGGAGCGUUCGUCGUUGUCUAUAGCACAAGAGGAAAUGAUUAG